GCCGUCUUCAGCAAGCAAGUGACCUGCCACUUAGACCAUCUCUGUCUGUCUCUGACGCGCAUCAAAUCCCCCAAAUUUUGGUCUCUGACAAGAUCUUGGACACAAGUUAUAUAAACCUAUAAAAAGACGCAGACACCUAUGAGCCCUCAUCAAUCAGCACCAAAAUUCUUUAACUUCCCUCUGAUCUGCAGAUCGCCACAAUGGAUCAAGAUCCCACUUCUCAUGGUGAUGAUCCUGAUCAUGGUCUUCUGCAGGACCCGGAUGAUGCAGAGCUGGAGACAGUCUCCCUCUGUGAUCUCCCACUGUACAGCGACGAAUACGAAUGCGAACGACAUCAGUUCAGCUCGUCCCUGGAGAUCGAUCACGGGGAUCCCUUCGAGUUCUCUAGUGAAGACCUGUCUGCCUCGUGGAGUAAAAUGUGCAUGGCGGAGAACAUAAUCUUCUGUGGCAGGCUCAUCCAUUAUGGGCGAGAACCACCCUCUUUGAGUGGAGGACCUUCCGAAGCACAGGGCAAGGUCGGCGGCGUCCCCCAGCCCCAGAAGAAGAAAUGGAAGCUCUUCAAGAGGAGAUUAAGCCUGUUCAGAAAACACAGGCAUUGCUCUUCUAAGUCCCAUGAUGUGAGGUUCAGUGACAGGAGUGGUGCCAAGAAGGAACAUCGAUCAACCCGGUUAGAAUGCUCGCCUUCGGAAAAAUACAGCAGAUAUGUUCCUGAGAAGUGCAUGGACAAGUACGGUUUCUCGAUGAGAAGACUACCAGCACAGUCGGGUCGGGUCAAGUGCAGAUGGUACCUCCUCAUGUUCGGGUCAGCAAGGUUCCCGAUGGAGAUGGAGUUACAGGACAUGAAGACGCGGCAGAGCCGGAGGAAUCUCUAUUCGACGUUCCAAUCAUUCAGCACUGAUGGGGGCAAUAUCAUUGGGAGUGGAAACUGUGAUGGGAAGGGAAACCGGAACCGAGGACUGUGGCGGCUGCUCAGGGCCUUGAGUUGCAGUAGCGAUCGGCAAUGCGGGAGUGCUGCCAUUACAAAAUUAUCAUAGGCUCGCAGCUUUGGCUUCAGGAGAUGGGAUUCACAGAUCAAAUUGUCUGUGUAAAUUAUAUUUGAGAUCGUAUCAUUCCAUUAAAUGAAUGUAAACUUAGCAAGACGGAAACCGGAGUCCUGACUCCUGAGUAUGGACAACUGGAGAAAUCUUAGGAGGGAUUAGAGUCGUGAAAUCUCCCCAUACUCCAUGAACGAUCUAGCACUACUCAUAUUCCAGCUCAUGCUGAUAGUGAUAUAGACCUUAGCUGGGAGGACAGCUCGAGAUGUAUAUGUGAAAAUUUUUGCAGCAAUAUAGUUAUGCCGAAAUAAAGUUAAAACUAUAUAUUA